AUGGAGGACACUGGACUAUGGAGGACACAGGACUAUGGAGGACACAGGACUAUGGAGGACACAGGACUAUGGAGGACACAGGACUAUGGAGGACACAUGACUAUGGAGGACACAGGACUAUGGAGGACACAGGACUAUGGAGGACACAGGACUAUGGAGGACACAGGACUAUGGAGGACACAUGACUAUGGAGGACACAGGACUAUGGAGGACACAGGACUAUGGAGGACACAGGACUAUGGAGGACACAUGACUAUGGAGGACACAGGACUAUGGAGGACACAUGACUAUGGAGGACACAGGACUAUGGAGGACACAGGACUAUGGGGACACAGGACUAUGGAGGACACAGGACUAUGGAGGACACAGGACUAUGGAGGACACAGGACUAUGGAGGACACAGGACUAUGGAGGACACAGGACUAUGGAGGACACAUGACUAUGGAGGACACAGGACUAUGGAGGACACAUGACUAUGGAGGACACAGGACUAUGGAGGACACAGGACUAUGA